CGGAAAGACGCGGCUCCCAGUUGCAUUCUUCUCCCGGGCCAAGCGGAUGAGCUGGCAGUACUCACCCAACUCACCCAACUCAACCUCAACCCAAGAUGGACAUCCAGAGUCUACUCAAUGAGGGCUCGCCAUCUUUCGCUCCGAACUAUGGACUUCCACGCUUCCAAAAUGCAGAGGGAGCCAAUUCUCUACUACUGGUCUCCCUAACCGAUCUCAGCGAAACGGCCGAGGCGACUUUACUCAAUGGGUUCCAGCAUUCUCCCCAAGCCAACGUCAAGCUCUCGGUAUGGCGCCCAUCAAGGCGCGUGCUAGCUCGGAUCGCCCAUCAAGGCCUUUAUCAUGACAGCCAAGAGAACAUAUAUGCGGUUGCAGUCCUGGCAUAUCGAGCCGGAUGGACCAGCCUCGUCGUCGCCGACGGCCUCACCAAGCGGCAGUUGCACGGAACUCUCCGCGUGGGCGAAAACCCACAGGUUUCGGUGGUCGCGGUUACUAUCCGACCACGGUCGGUCACCACCAGCGCCGAGGACAACGUUCGUGUCAAUGCACAACGGACUACGGUGAGCGACAUAUCUAAUGCCGAGCUGACCUUGCAGCCACGGCCGCUACCUGCUUAUGUAAAACCCGAUUGCUACCAUGAUCUGGGGAUCGUCCUCCAUGAUCCGGACCGGGCCCCGUUGUCCCUCGAUAACGCAGCCUCGCUUGGCCGAGAAGAGUGGCUGGAUUCUGCCCGUCAUGUGUUGGCCACCAGAACCCCUCUACCAGCCGAGCUGGUGCAACAAGUCAUGUCAUAUGCAUCUAGCGGUACUGAAAGCCCCAUUGCGCUGCCAUCGUGGGUUCGCAAUGAUGAGGGCCGAGUGAUGACCAUAUUUCUACUAUUCCCCACGACUGCAGCGACGCGUCAAACUAUUCAGUCAACUCUCGAAGGAGCCACCAAGGAUUGGAUGGAGAAGCACGGCCAUGCAAUCAGUAGCCGGACCACACCGUACAAACUAAUCUCGUGGGAGCAUCACCGGGCUAUGUCUCGCCGCCAGCUGAUGAAGCUGUGGUAUGAGUAUGCACCUCGACGGGGGCCGGGAGGGCUGGCGGAUGCGUUUUUCUUCCUUGGGAAGCCCGUAGACAAUGCUGCAGACAUCCAGAUAGGCAUUUUUCACAAAGUAUGGGACGGCCAGGCCAAUGUGACACAUAAGCCUCUACAUGUGAUUCUUGAACACCCAUACCCGUCAACUUGGAGGUGGGAGUGGGAAUUACCGCCCGCACCUGGGCUUCUCUCUCUGGAUCGUGAAGAGAACGAAGUCACUGAGCUCUUUCAUGCAUUUGACCAGCCAUUCUACUCCAAUCCCCCGCCGUGGCUCCCGACCCAGAGUAGGCUUAACUAUGUAGCAGUGUUCGCCCUUACCAAAACGACCCCCAACCAGACCGACGCCAUCCAAGCGGAACUUUGCACCUGGAGGGUCCGCGAACAGCGUUUCGAAGAGAAAGUCGCGUGUUUCGUGCCCUGGGAUGGGGAAGAGGACGGCACGCUGGACGACAUCUGGAGGAUUGUUCAAGAGCUUGCCAUAUAUCACCGAGGGUCUCCCAUCUUCUACCCCAUCUUCUUUGUUGAUCGGCAGUCCACGGCGGACAACACGGUCCUCGCCGUGCGCCCCAGGCCCCCGGGGACUCCGCUUCCAACCGAUCUCCCCUCGCGUAAUCUCGGAGGUUUCUCGUAUGGCCGAGUGCCUGGUCGGGAUGCACAUUAUAUCUUUGACAAUGUGAGCAUGAGAAGGAAUUACUUCAGCGACUUGGCGCCGGUGAACGUCUUUCGGAGACCCGACUGGCCUGCGGCGCUCGCUUCCCAAUUCCCCCCCGAAGGAGGACCUGUCGUGUUACGACUGGGAGGUAUGUUUUGAAGAUGUUGGGGAACCGGAUCGAUUCGUGUCAAUAGGAUUGUCUUCUUUUCCAAUAUAAUUCCCAUGCCAAGACCUCUAGGCCUCCACCCAGGCAUCCACUUGGCUGCCUGGAAGAACCCGUCGGCAAAUCUACCUUUUAAAGUGGCAUUCUUCUUCUCCCCCUCCCCCUCCCCCUCUUCCUCCCCUCAUCCCCAUGAUGAAGCAUCUUCAUCCUCACCACCAGCACCAUGGCUCAUCCCCGUAUUAGACUGCCUGGCUUCGGCCAGCCCCUCAAGACUAACCUGCCUGUCGUCGAUUCCCAAGGUGACCGGCGACGUUUUCCUCAUGCCAUAUCCGACACUUGCGACAGUGUGG